AACUGUACAUCCAUAAUGUUAUGUGUUCUGCUACAGAGCACUUGUAACUGGCAGUUUUUCAUCUGUGCAGGUUUGCGGUCAUCCCUGCUGCUAUCAACACUCCUCAUGGUGGUAGGUUCAGGGAUGCGGAUCAUUCCCCUUCAAGACCUGUACUUGAGAAGAUGGUUAAUUCAUGGGGCGCAGUUGUUGAAUGGUUUAGGUGGACCGACUUUAAUGAGUGCAGGCCCUCUUCUCUCUACCACAUGGUUUGCUCCAGACCAAAGAGCUACAGCCACAGCUGUUGCUUCUUUGGUUUGCUACCUAGGGUCAGCAAGCUCGUUUCUAAUUGGUCCUCUCAUAGUACCAGCACCCAAUGAUACCCAAGUAGUGGACAAAGGAAUUAGCCAAGACAUCAAUCACAUAAAGGACAGGAUCCAACUUGUACUAUAUGCAGAAUUUGGGAUGAUCACAGUGCUGUUUGUGGCUGUGCUGCUUUACUUCCCGUCACGCCCCCCUGUGCCCCCCAGUGUGGCUGCUGCUAGUCAGAGGCUCAGCUACAGGAGCAGUAUCUGCAGACUUCUCAGCAAUGUGCGCUUCCUCAUGAUUGCAUUGGCGUACUCGGUGCCUACAGGAGUGGCGGCUGGCUGGUCUGGAGUUCUGGACAUGGUGCUCACCCCUGCCAAAGUCAGCCAGGUGGAUGCUGGCUGGAUUGGGUUCUGGUCCAUUGUUGGAGGAUGUGUGUUUGGAGUGGCAAUGGCUAGGUUUGCAGACUCCAUCCGGGGCAUGUUGAAGCUCAUACUGUUGCUGAUGCUGGCUGGCGCCUCCUUAGCCUCAACUUGGUUCACCCUAACCUGCUUAACUCGACUGACUCAUCUCCCCUCCACUGCAGCCACUCUAUAUACUUCCUGCAUCCUGGUGGGCAUUUUUAUCAACAGUAGUGUACCAAUCUUCUUUGAGAUCUUCAUUGAGACAGUUUACCCUGUGCCUGAGGGCAUCACGUGUGGUGUGGUCACUUUUCUCAGUAAUCUUUUCACUGGCCUCCUGCUAUUUUUCCUCACUUUCUACACUACAGAUCUGUCAUGGCUGAACUGGUGCCUGACGGGGUCCUGUGUUUUCAGCCUCAUCCUCAUACUCUUUUUCAGAGAAUCCUACGACAGACUAUAUCUGGAUGUCUUUGUCUCUGUCUGAAUGAUACCCACUAUCAGUGGGAUGACAGUCAUUAAACUCCUUGCUCCAAAUUGCACAAAAAAAAAAUCUGAGGAAAAGAAGUAGGAAUAACAUAUCCUUUUUAUUAAAAUGAUUUUAUUGGUUUCUUUCUAGUAUUAAUAAUUAAAUUAUUAAAUAAUAUGAAAGAAUGAUGAUUAUAUGUGUUUUUUAGUAAGAACCACAACCAACCAGAGGUCCUUAAAUUAAGGGUAGGAAAUUUUCAGUUGAUUGUUAUGUCAGCACACUCAAGUUUUCAAGUUUACUGCAAUGCAAUGCUUUCUUUUUUAUGCCAAGGGACUGUUUUUUUUUUAUUUUAAGAACAUUGUUACAUUUAGGAGGUUUUGUAGCAGGCACAGUGUCUUGUGGAAAUCCUUGAAAUUGCCUAAAUCCUUUGAAUCUUUUGAGUUUUUUUUUUUAAUUACUUUCAGCUUACCCAGUGUUUCUUGGGUGGCACUGUUGAACAUUAUUUUUAAUGUUUAAUGUGUACAGAUCAAGAACUUUCGUGAUCAUUGAAGAAAAUGUCUAGACCUAGAUUUUGUGAUCUGUAUUAUAUGUUUUGUUUGGAAUAUUCUGUGUAUAAUUCUGAAAGUAAUUUCAGACAUUUUAACCAUUCUUACUAUUGUACAUGUUUACAUUUACUUUAGUGGGCAACACACUAAGACAGGGAAUAAUAUUUAAUAAAGCAUGUUAUUUGACUGCCCACUGGAAUGAUACUUGCUGUUCUGGGGGGAGGGGAGGGGCAAUUAAGGUUUAUCUUCUGUUCUUAAAAAUUCAAUAAUGUCAAACAUCUUUCAUCCAUCAAUACUGAGGAAUCAAUGAUAGCAUUGAAAAUUCUGGAAUGUAUACAUUUUUAAAAUACCCUUCAUUCUGGA